AAGCAUCUCCUUGGCCUUUUCAGGGCUCGUAGACUUCUCCAAUAUUCUCGAAAAGAUCUCGUCCAGCGUACUUGGUAAUGUGCUAAGCAUUUCAUCCAGGACACUCCGGGACGCCAUGGCGCUCUCGUCGAUUAUUUGCAUAAUGAGAGAUACCCACAAGAACGUCCGGUCGGCGUUUGUGAGGAGCCGUUCGACCAAGGAUCGGUGCACCGCGUCCGAGAUGCCCUUACGGGCAGAAAUGUCUUGCAUUCGCAGAUUGACGACCCGCUCAACGUCUUUCGUUGUGGCGGAGAUCUCCUGUUCCAGCUCGAGUCGCGUGGACGGCAAUGAAUUGACCAAGGCUCUGUCCGGACGGCCUGUAGCUAGAAUCUUGAACGACGCGUGGGCUGAGAUGGAGUCAAAACCUGCUAGCGUAGUGAAUAACAAGACACUGCUGGAGUCGUGGCAUUCGUCGAGGGCGUCAAUGACACAUACGACAGGGCCGCACCUCGAAUCAGCGAGCGAAGCAGUGAAGAUACUCCAGAGGGAACUGAAAUCAUCCGCGAGUUUGACACCCUUAUUCUGAUAUUCUGGUAGAGCAUGCUUGAAUAGAGCUGGCCUAGCGGUGAACAGCUGAUGGACAAGGGUGCUGAUGGCCAAUGUGGCACUAUUCCACUUCUCAUUAUUAUGCCGGAAGAAGAACGAGCAGACGGUCUCUGCACGAUCGUCAUCUGCUUGUUCGGAUUUCAGACGAU